AUGGAUCGCUCCAACCUCGCUAUCGAGAGGGCCCGCUCGCAGUGUCCCCCGCACAUCAAGGCGCUGCUGACACCGCAUCAGCUGCCAGCGGAAUUCCUAUCUAUAUCGGCCUGGAAGUACUCCGUCUCUGGCCUGCUACUCUAUAUUCUUGCCUCAGUUUUGACCGUCGGCAUCGUUCCGCUGGUGGCUCAGUACAAGAUAUGGAUCUGGACGCACCUGGCCCGGACCCGAGCCGCAUCGUGGCAGGCCGCAGACGUGGCCCUGAUCGUGGGCCUGGAUGGGCAGAGCUUCGAAGCCAAGAUCGAGCACUCGUACGACGGCAUCAUGAUGUUUGAGUUCCGCAAGCAGCGCUACUUUUACUCGUACGAGGGCUUGUCCUUUGAGCGCCAAACCACCAGGCUUCCAACAGCUACAGACGAAAUCUUUCCGUUCAAAUAUGGCCUGAGCUCGAGCAUCGCUGCAUCCCUUCUGCUCCGCUUCGGAGUCAACGAAAUCUCAAUCGACUCGCCGCCGGUCCUGUCGAUCCUCAUGGAGAAGAUCAUGCACCCAUUCUACGCCUUCCAAGUGUUCUCGACACUCAUCUGGGUGUACGAGGCUUACUACACAUUCGGCAUUGUCAUCAUGACCAUGAGUGCCGGAUCCCUGAUCUCGGAGGUGUACAGCACCAAAACCAACAUGGAUGCCCUCCGAGCACUCACUCGGGUCGAUCAGAAAUGCACCAUCAUUCGAGACUCGACUCUGUGCACAGUCAAUGCCCAGGACCUGGUGGUCGGCGACGCCGUCAUUCUUGACAAGGAAUCCGGCAAGCAGAUCGUCUGCGACAUGGUGCUGAUUCAGGGCGAGUGCACCGUCGACGAAUCUUCCCUGACCGGCGAGGCCGCCGCCGUUGUCAAGACUCCGAUUGUGAAGGGCACCUCUUACGGGGCCGAGCGCAACCGCGGCCACACUCUGUUUGGAGGCUCGACUAUGGUCGAAGCAAAGAUACAUCAGCACCACCCCGAGCCAUUCUCACUCGAGCACUCGACCAUCGGCAUUGUUGUCUCGACCGGGUUCUCUUCGUCCAAGGGCGAGCUCUUUCGAUCCAUCAUAUUCCCGCCGCUGGUCAAGUUCAAGUUCCAGACGGAUUCGUACAAGUACCUUCUCAUCAUGGCAAUCGUUGCCGUCCUGGCGUUCAGCCACCGCAUGAUAACAGGGCAAGUGCAGCCUGCUGCACGAUUCGGCAGUGUGCUCCUCUCGGCCUUGGAUCUCAUCACGAUCGCUGUGCCGCCUUCGCUGCCACUAGUUCUUACCAUCGGCACAGGAUUCUCGCUUGCGCGGCUCAAGAAGCAAAAAAUCCACUGCAUCAAUCCAGAGCGAAUCAACUGUGCAGGUAGAAUCGAUCUUAUGUGCUGGGAUAAGACUGGCACAUUGACCACAUCGUCGCUGAGAUGGAAGGGCUGCGUCCCGAGCACCCGCGGUGGAGCGUUCAGCAAGUUCUUCAGACAGGCGCCCCCCGAAUCGCUUCUCGAGAAGGUCGUGGCGGCCUGCCACAGUCUCCAACCAGUCGGCGGGGCCAUGGCCGGCCACGUCGUCGAUCAGGAAAUGUUCUCGGCAUCGGGGUGGACUCUGCACCCGGACCAGGACAUCACCAUCGGGGAGGACAUUCCCAUCCUGCUCAAUUUGAUUCCGGGGACGAGGACAGGAGAAAGGUCCCUCCGAAUCAUCAAGAGGUUCCUGUUUGAUGCGCACGUCCAACGAAGCUCUGUGAUUGCCCUGACGGCAGAGAACAUUCCAUUGGGUCUAAUCAAGGGCUCGCCCGAGGCAAUCCGAGACAUUUGCAACCCAAGCAGCAUCCCAGACAACUUUGAGGAAGUCUUCAAGAGCUACUCGUCGCAGGGAUACUACGUGCUGGCCUGUGCCAGCACCGACAUGAGCACCAAAUUGUCGCUCCGCAACUUGACCGCCGAUGCCCUUUCCAACAUCAAGCGAGACCAGGUCGACGAGGGCGCGCAGUUCCAGGGAUUCAUCAUCAUGGAAAACCCAGUCAAGCCAGAGAGUGUUGUCGUCGUCGAAACGCUCACUGCCGCCAGGAUACGGUCGAUCAUCAUCACGGGCGAUAAUGUCCUGACAGCCAUAAACGUUGCCCGCGAGUUGCGACUGGCCACCCGGAUUCUGCUGAUCGAGAAGACCAAGGAGGGUCUCCGGUUCUCAGAGCUCACCCGUGUCGACUCUCUCUUUGAGUCGGCGGCCAAUCUGGACGCGCUGGUGGACAAGAAACAUGUCGAGAUGCCCAAGAUCGACUUUCCGAUCGAGGACCUUCCGCAUAUCCUCAGUGACAACGUCGAGCUGGCAAUUGUAGGCGACGCCCUCGAGCACUUGAUCUCGUGCUAUGAAAAGCCGUUCAUCGACAUGAUCAUCACCCGGACCUCGGUCUUUGCUCGUACUAAUCCAAACCACAAGACCUGGAUCGUGGAGCGGCUGAUGAAACUAGGACGCUAUGUGGCCAUGUGCGGCGAUGGCACGAACGACUGCGGUGCCCUCAAAGCUGCUCAUGUUGGACUGGCACUUUCGAGCGCCGAAGCGUCCAUCAUUGCUCCGUUUACAUCGGCCAAAAAGUCCAUCUCAGACCUGCCGCUGCUGCUUGCCGAGGGGCGCUGUGCACUCGAGACAUCAUUGACUGCUUUCAAGGUGAUGAUGAUUACCGCGACGCUCUAUCAGUUCUCGACCGCCAUAUCCAACAACCAGUUCCUCUUUGACGACAUGGUGAUCGUGUUCUUGCUGGCGCUGCUGAUGCUUUACACUGGGCCAGCACACCGCUUCACGAUCGAGCGUCCGACUGAUGAUCUCUUCAGUCUCGGGGUGUUGUCGUCAUUGCUGGGCCAGAUUGCGAUCUGCAUGGGGAUAUUCAUGUAUGUUGUGCGCGACAUGGUUAUGGAGCCGUGGUUCUGCUCAGCAAAGGCGGCAUCGUCUCAGCUGGGGAGCGACUGGAAGCCCCUCAACCCAGGCGGCCCAGCCAACGUCAGCUACCCAUGGUAUUUUGCCAGCGUCGCCUUGGCCUUCACUGCCGCCACAAAGUUCCGUCGGCCCUUCUGGACAAACCCCAUGUACUCGGGAUACUUGCUGCUGCUAUUUGCGCUGCUGUCGUACAUGAUCCUGGCGGACGACAACACCCCAGGAGCCAACGGACUACGCCAGGUGUUCUCCCUCCGCGCCGGAGUGCCGUUCAAUUUUCGUCUCAAGAUCUGGGGCAUGGUUGUGCUCAACGUGCUGGCGAGUGUGGUGUGGGAGCUUGUGGUGGUCGACAAAGUGGUGUCGUCGCUGAUGAGGGAGCGCGAGGAGCUCGUCGAACUCGAGCGCCGAUACCAAGAAGUCGAGUCUCAAAAGAAGGAUCGCCGGGGCUCGGUCCGCGGCAUCAUCCGGCUCAAGAGCAGUCCGGACCACGUCAUGGAAAUCGACAAGUCGUUUUGA